AAUUUUAGGAUUUUUCUAUAAAAUUUAUGUAUAAAAUAUUUUGGUUUUAUCUCAAAUGGCCUCAAAUAUUUGACAAAUUGAUUUAUGAUCUAAUGUUUGUUUUUGAAUAAUAUAUAUUAUUUUAAAUACAAAUCAUUUUACAAAGUUUUUUAGAGUUAAUGUUAUAUUUAAACUAUUAAAUGAAAAAAAAUUAAUUUCAGAAAUAUAUAAUAUUCCAUAUUUUUUUAUGUAUUUAGCAUAAAUAUAUUUUUAAGUGAUUAUAAUAAAUAAUAUAUGUACUACACUGUUAUCAGUCUUACAGAGACAAUCCACACAAGUUCAAGUCCCAUGAAACAAAAGUGUGAAUUCUUUUAUUUCUUUCUUUAAUAUAUUAUAUUUUCCUUCUGCGGAUUUUUUUUCUUUCCUUUCUUAAGAAAUUCUCUUGUGAGCUAGAAAGGAGGGAGAAGAUCUUUGUGGUUCUCGUCUCCCACUUCGCGGAGGAUCGGAGAUCUCUCCUGCAGCGGGCCCCACGUUGCGGGGCCAGAUUCUGGGACUGAAGCGACGGCGCAGUGCCGGUCGACGUACAGUCGACGUAGCUCUCACACGGUGCUCUCUCCGGCAGGCAGUGACAGCUAGGCAUAGAGUCAUCAGCCCGUUAUUCGAAAGUCCGCGGAAGCCGCGCGUGUCGGAGUCGCGCGUCGUCGUGCCUCAGUCGCUCGCACGUGACUUGCGUGAGGUGACGCGACGUGACGUGACGUGCGAGACAUCGCACGUGCUAGGAGAAGUGUUGCAUUUUCCGCGAAAUCGGAUUUGAGACUGAUGGACACGCAUUCUCAGGAGAGACGAAAUAAAUCAGUGAAAAAAAAUUUUUCUUAAAUAAGUAAAACGAACGUAUUCUUUUUCAAGAAAGAGAAGAUACUUGGAAGAAGUGAAGGCAUGAAGAAAGAUGCCUUAGCAUUUAGCGCUCUACAAAAAUAUCCUUAUUUUUGGAGUAAAAAAGAAAUCAAGGAAUGAUAUCUAAUGAGUAAGAGAAGAAUAUUUUAUAUACUUUAAUAUUGAAGACAUUUUGAAGAAAAUCAAAUUUUUUGACAAAAAUAAAGAAACAAAAAAAAAACUAGUCCACUGUUGAAUAAUUUUUGUCUAGGAGAAAAAAUUAGAACCAAUUGUUUCAUUGAAGAUACUUUCAAAUUGAGAGUUGGUUCUUUGGAAGAAAAAUUCUUGGACGAUUUAUCUAUAAAUAAGAGAAAUAGAAAUUGAUUCAUUGAAGCGAAAAAAUCUCAUUAUCCAAUCCAAAAUAACUAUUUUCUUAUUAAAGGUUUAGAAUAAUUUUAAAAAGUAACAAAUAAGAUAUACUCCUGUACAGAAGGAAAAAGAAACAGGAGAGAGAGAGAGAGAGAAGAAAAAAGAGAUUGAAAUUUUUCGAUACAAAAGCUUUAAUAUUAGUUGAAAUAAACUUCCUGCCGUCUCUGGAUUAAAUUUGGAACGAUAAUUUUCAUUUCUUCGUAAAAGCAAUUCACCAGCAAAUACAUUUUUAUUGAUUGUAGGAGAAGGAUUUGAAUUAUAUGUCUUUACAAUCUACGAAAAGAUUUUAACAAAGAUUUUGACAAAAUCCUAUUAAUUACUUCAUUAUUAUUAUCGCGAACAAGUUCGAAAAACUUUACGAAGAAAAUAUCGCUCGAAGAUACAUCACUUUUCUGGACUUAUACAACUGUAUCAUCUCCACAAAGGAUCUCUCUCCUUCGUUUUCUAUUUAAAGUUAAUUAUAUUAAUCGGUACCUGUUUUAAUGUACAAUGUGAAAAAUGCGACAGGCAGCCACAGCGAAUCAGUUGGACUUAACACGGAACUUAACGGAUUGAUGGACAUCAACGGCGGUUUUACGAGCGUCUCGAUCACGGUACGCGAGCACCGUAACGCGGCAUUCGUUUCACGUUGAAGAGAAACGUCAAGAAGGACAACGAUGUCGCGAACUUUGCAACCGAUCGAGGAAUCCAAUCCCGGCAAGUCAUCAGCGAGCAAUGAGCAGCACGACAAGGACAGCCUAAACGAGACCGGAAGUACAACGGGUGGCACAGUGGAGGGCGCGCCAGGUGGUGGCCCCAGUAGGGGUGACAGGACUAAGGACAAGGAGGAUCACGCGCAGGCAUCCACUUCGGCGCCACCGGCGAGAUCCUUGGUGUCCAGAAUCCUGUCGAGGACACGGUCACCGGAGGAUUUGCUGGAUCAUUCGGAACCCUACUCGCAAUUAUGGGUGGUACUCUCGAAUGUGUACGGCGAGCUGAUCGUCGUGUUAACGUUGGCGGUGUGCUUGGCCGAGGUCAUGGACACGCCUGUGCCACUGCUCAGCUUGCAGGGCAUAUUUCUCAUGUAUCUCUACGUGGGCAGCAUUGCCGUUAUCAUCGCUAUCUACAUAUGGGUGCUGGUUGACAGCUGCAGCAGCUUAAGCAGAGGUGCUAACGGGCUCGGAGACGCGGAACUCGGUGGCGCGUCGCUCACCAGAUUCGGAUCAUUAAAACGAGCGCACAUCUCCAGAGCCAGGACGGCGCCAACCAGUUUUUAUAUACGAGUCGGCGCGCUCUUGUUCGGUCUGGCAACGUUGGUUUUUAACGGUUUGGAAAUGGCGAUGCACUCGAUGAUGCAGGGUGCCGAGUGCUUGACCGACGUCAUCUUCGUGCAUCCGGUGCUGCACGGCUUGUUCACCUUCUUGCAGAUGCACUUUCUCUUCGUAAACUCACAGGUGCUCGUAGAGCGUUUCGGUCUUGCAGCCAGAUUUGGCUUCACGCAUCUCGCGGCCACCAAUGUCGCAGUCUGGGCCCGUUUGGUGAUUUGGGAUACCGCACAGGAAUGGACAUACUUUGUACACUUGGCGCAACACGAGCAGCAAACCUCCGUGUCUCCAUUGAGUCUUCGAGGAUUUCCCGGAUCCUUGACACGACAUUCACGGGAUCUUAUAGAUAAUUCGGUGGCAAAGGGAAAUAAUUUCAAGCCCUACCAACCUGUUUCAAAUGAGCAAAUAUCACAAGUAAUUGCAUUGCAAGAAUGCUUGAACACUAAUACCUUGGGACAACUGUGGACUUCAAGCAUGCCAUUCCUAUAUCCCUUUAUUGUACAAUUUAGUUUGAUUGCCGCAGCGGUGACUUUCGUGAUGGGUCAGAAUGUUGGUCGGAGUCGACUAAUUAAACAAAAGUUCCACGGCAGCAAGGACUUAAGUAGUCACACCCGAGUAGGUUGCGACGGUUCCAGCAAGGGCCUCUUCCUGGGUAUCCUCUGCAUGGUCGCUGGCAUCGUGGUGAUUCUCAUAUUCCUCGUCGUACGGGAGGACGAGAACUUUCCCUCCGCUACUCUGUCGUGGCUCACGUGCGGCACUCUAAUCGGCAUACUGACCCUAAGCAGUCUAAUGACGGCGAGCGGUCUCGUGCAGGUACGUCAAAUCUCGGUGGUAACGCGAGCGCCGGCCGCCCUAGACAGCCUCCUGUCGAACGUGUCGCUCUUCGGGGUGCAACUCUACUCCGUCUUCACUGUCGUGGUGUGCGCCUGUUCCCUGGCCAUGUCGGACCAGGACGAGACCGAGGACACGCGGGCAAGACACAUCAUGCUGCUGUCAAUGUCGAUACUGCAGCUGGUCCAGUGUUUCGCGCAGAGCACGCUGAUCGCCGAGACCUCGCGACGCUCGUGCAUAACGCGCUUCCAAUUGCUGGCGAAACCUGGUCGCCAGGUAAUCACCUUCCUGCUGUUCAGCAACGCCGUGCUCUGGGCCUUCGAUACCGUGAUCACGCAGAACUGGCUGUCGCAGGAGCUGCAGCUACGGUUCUUCGGCGUGCUCGCCUGGGGCGUGCUCUCCAGGAUCGGGCUGCCCCUUCUAAUCUUCUACAGGUUCCACAGCUGCGUGCUACUGUUGGAGGCGUGGAACAAGUGUUACAGAACGCCACGGGGAGAACACCCUCUCAACUGACAACGCGGAAUCUCACGCCGAAUCUCGUGCAGACUGCAUUCUGGUUCGCAAGAACCUCGCCGUUCCGGGAGAUCAAUGUCGAUGGACAACGGACAUGCCUGCAAAUGGCUGUUGCAUCCGAAUUCGCUGUCGUUGGACGCGAUGCAUUUUCUCCCCUA